AUGACAGAUAGCGAUGGACCGAUUCUGCCGUUGCCGCCGGAAGUGGCAAAGAAAGUUCAAUCAUCCUUGAAGAUCACUAAUCUUAACGCGGUCGUCGUUGAGUUGGUCAAGAACGCAUUGGAUGCUGGUGCUGGCUCACUCAGUAUCGUUGUAGACUACAAAAGAGGUGGCUGUAUCGUGGAGGAUGAUGGCUAUGGAUUGCCGGCAGAGGAAUUCAUGGACGGAGCUGGGCUGUGUCGGCCCCACCAUACCUCGAAAGCAGGAAGACAGUCGGUAUACAGCUGCAGAGGACAAUUUCUAGCCGCGUUGGCUACCAUGUCACUCUUGACAAUUAGUUCGCGGCAUCGCGGUCAUUCUGAAACUAAUACAGUGAUCUUUCACGAGUCCAAAGUCAUCUCCCGCCUCGUGCCUGCUCCCACGCAUCAGGAGGUACGUGGAGCACAGGGUACCAGGGUUACGGUGAACAAUCUUUUUAGUAAUAUGCCUGUCCGCGUUAAACACAGGGCUUCGUCUCUUCGCAGAACCGAAGACGUCGACAAGGAGUGGGAGGAAUUGACAAGAAUGCUGGCAGCUCUAGCUUUAUCGAACUCAGUUCUACAGAAAUUACGCCUUUCUGACAGGGAGAAAUCUCGAUCCCUAAAUGUUCGUAUCCCGCACAAAGCGGCCGAGACGCUGCCAGGAAUUCAGAACUCCGGUCUGUCCCGCCUGCACACUGUUCUUACACAGUCUGGCUUGAUUUCAGGGACCAGUGUGGAUGAAUGGGUCAGGAUUUCAGCAAGUACAUUAGACGUUUCUGUCAAAGCUUACGUCGCACUAUCCGCAAGCCCGACACGAUUGAAUCAAUUCAUAUCGCUAGGUAUCAAUCCACUUUUCAAUGAACAUAAAAGUGCCAAUGUUUUGUACGAUGAAAUCAACAGAGUUUUUGCAGCAUCUGAUUUGGGAAGUGAACAAGCCGUGUCAGAAAAUCGGGAAACCAGAGGUAAAAGGGCUGUACGGGGCUCCAGAAGGUGGCCGAUGUUCUACGUGCGAAUUGAUAUUAAGAGCUCUUUGGAAAGCUUUCCAAAUGCUGAGGCUACCGUCGAAUCGGACCGUGCUUUACAACAUAUCAUUGGAGUGUUGCACGCCAUGUUCUAUCAAUUUUUGCAACAACAUCACUACCGUCCUCGAAAAAGGAAACGGGGUGAGAGAGACACUCCGUCAACAUCGCAUUCCAAUAAUGUCUCCACAGUAUCAUCAAGAAGUCUUGUCCAGCGGAGUAGAAGUCUCCUUUCUUCGUCUUCUAUGCAAGAUGUACCGGUAAAGAGCUUCACUGAAGCAUUUGACAGCGGUGUUAAGAUUCCAACCUAUUCCGAUAAGGAAGGCUCUCAUUACUUCAAUGACUUUACGAAUUGGUCAAGAGUGAAAAGUGGUAACAACAAGACUGUCAAGGAAUUACUGCUAUGUCGACCCAGAGAUACUAGUCGCCCACAGACCGUAACGUCCACGUCGGAGUUCGACGCGACAAACUCUCUCGCGUCAGCACAAGUAGAAGAGCAAACACCUGAGCAGCUGGAUCUUGCUUCCCAUACGAUACAAGGUGCUGCAGAUGGACAUAUUAGAUGGGUUGAUCCAAGUACUAACAAGGCCAUACUCGUCAAUUCACGGAUAAGACAAUAUUCUGCCGGAAGUCAUGGAAGCAGCCGCCCAAACACCUCAAUUGGCUUUGUUCGGCCUCGGUCAGCCAUCUCUCUUCUGAGUCAGGGAAAGGAGCCCAUUCGACGUUCUCAGACCGCUCCAGUACAGGGCCAAUCCGCCUGGUUCGAAAAUCUUGUGAACAAUUGGUCCAAUUCAGUCUUCUCUUGCCCAAAAAAGCCUAUAAUGUCAAUCGAAGCCGAGAAUGCGUCUGAUAACUCUUCUCAAUGCAAUGAUGCACAAAGAGGGCCAAUUCAAAGCUGGAAUCCAGCAGAGGCGUUAGGAGCUGAUGGACACACGGGUAAGGUCUCGCGAGAGGGACUUUCUAGAGCGGCAAUUAUCGCUCAAGUCGACUGCAAAUUCAUUCUUGUAAGAAUGGUACCAGCUAGAGAACAUCAUUCUGACGAGACAUCGAAUCAAAUCUUGGUUCUUGUCGACCAACAUGCUGCUGAUGAACGGCGUCGACUGGAAGAUCUACUUUCUGAUAUGUUCACGGUUGAAGAACAAUCAGGAGUCAUAUCCAUUCGUACGCAAUCGUUCCAAACGCCUAUACAAUGCCCUAUCCAAGACGACGAGGUAUCAUCGCUCGCGGCAUACUCAAGGUAUUUUGAGUCGUGGGGCUGUCAUUAUAAAAUGCUGCAAGAGCUUAUUCAUGGAAGGAGACGACACUUAGUCGUUAUCGAGGCUUUACCCCUGAUAAUAGCCGAAAGAUGCAGAUUGGAACCAAAGCUAUUUAUCCAACUUCUGAGGAAGGAAAUAUGGAGCAGAGCUGGCGAGAAGAUUCCCCCGCUACGACGGUGCGUUGCUUCUACAACGGAACCUGAGAAUGGACCUUUUCCCUGGCUGCGCUGGAUAGCAGGUUGUCCGGAAGGGAUGCUUGAUCUGAUCAACUCACGCGCCUGUCGAAGUUCAAUCAUGUUCAACGACCCUCUAUCCAUUGACGAAUGUCAAAGUCUCAUAAGUCGACUUUCUAAAUGUGCAUUUCCAUUUCAAUGUGCUCAUGGUCGACCAACUAUGAUCCCGAUUGUGGACGAGAGCCGUCAUCUUGCAGGAUUGUCUACUUGGUCAUCGAGAAGCGAGGAUGUUGAAGAUAGAGAUUACACUACUCCAGAAAAACAGGGAAGUUUUGUUGAAGUGUUUAAGAAGUGGGAACGCACAUGAUUGGUUCUGUUGGAUGAAAGAGUUGGCUAUAGACUUAAACGUUUGGAUACUCUUUUGAUAACAUCAUGGUUCUCAGGAUACAUAGCAAUAUCAAUAUUGGUAUAACAUUUCC